UGGGCCAGCAACAGCGAAGGCCCACAGCCAAUCAGUGGAGGAGCAGCUGAUGGCAGCUUCCUCUGCCUCACGCUGCUGUCUGACUGCAUUCAGCUGCCACUGAUAUGAAACAGAAACUAGCAGCCAAUCAGUGGAGGAGCAGCUGAUCUUUUUCCAGGAGAAAUGAUGGAAAGGAGGAUUUGAGCUGAUGUGCAGAUGAAUGAUUUGUGUUUCCUCUCCAGGUGAAAGUGGAUGUGAGUUGAGCAGCAUGAGUCAGUGUGAGGACAGAGAGGAGGGAGUCCCUCCCUCUAAAAGCACUCUGUGUGGGGAACAUGACAGCCAGACCAAAGCUCAGAGCCCAGAGCAGCAGCAGGGACCGGACUCUGCUGGACCUGGACCUGAGCCCAGCUGUGUGUCCUUUAAGAGUGACCGGUCAAAUCCUCGCCAUAUUAAUUUUAAAGGACGACAACCCUCUGCUGGACCUGGACCUGGACCUGGACCUGAGCCCAGCUGUGUGUCCUUCAACAGUGACUGGUCAAUGGGUCGCCUCAUUAAUUUUAAAGGAGGACAUGUGUCUGACAGACAAGUCCACCAGGAGAGCUCAGAGGUUCCCUGUGGUCAGUCUGCCCAGCAGCAUCAAACACACCUGGACUCCAUAUUUAUGCUGCUGGAGGAGAACAUUGUCACUUUUGUGAAGAAGGAGCUGAAGAAGAUCCAGAAGGGUCUGAGUUCAGAUUACCCAGAAUGCUUAGAGAGUCAGAGGGAGGAUGAGGAGGUGUUGGACGGUGAGGAGGAAGAGCAGAGGAGGAGCAGCAGAGAGGCAUUUCUGAAGAUCACACUGCACUUCAUGAGGAGAAUGAAGCAGGAGGAGCUGGCUGAGCAUCUGCAGAGCAAACAUCUUGCUGUAGUUUGUCAGCGUAAACUCAAGUGUAACCUGAAGAAGAAGUUCCAGUGUGUGUUUGAGGGGAUUGCUAGAGCAGGAAACCCAACCCUUCUGAACCAGAUCUACACAGAGCUCUACAUCACAGAGGGAGGGACUGCAGAGGUCAAUGAUGAACAUGAGGUCAGACAGAUUGAAACAGCAUCCAGGAAACCAGACAGACCAGAAACAACCAUCAGACAAGAAGACAUCUUUAAAGCCUCACCUGGAAGAGAUGAACCAAUCAGAACAGUGAUGACAAAGGGAGUGGCUGGCAUUGGGAAAACAGUCUUAACACAGAAGUUCACUCUGGACUGGGCUGAAGACAAAGCCAACCAGGACAUACAGUUCAUAUUUCCAUUCACUUUCAGAGAGCUGAAUGUGCUGAAAGAGAAAAAGUACAGCUUGGUGGAACUUGUUCAUCACUUCUUUACUGAAACCAAAGAAGCAGGAAUCUGCAGGUUUGAAGAGUUCCAGGUUGUGUUCAUCUUUGACGGUCUGGAUGAGUGUCGACUUCCUCUGGACUUCCACAACAAUGAGGUCCUGACUGAUGUUACAGAGUCCACCUCAGUGGAUGUGCUGCUGACAAACCUCAUCAGGGGGAACCUGCUUCCCUCUGCUCGCCUCUGGAUAACCACACGACCUGCAGCAGCCAAUCAGAUCCCUCCUGGGUGUGUUGACAUGGUGACAGAGGUCAGAGGGUUCACUAACCCACAGAAGGAGGAGUACUUCAGGAAGAGAUUCAGAGAUGAGGAGCAGGCCAGCAGAAUCAUCUCCCACAUCAAGACAUCACGAAGCCUCCACAUCAUGUGCCACAUCCCAGUCUUCUGCUGGAUCACUGCUACAGUUCUGGAGGAGGUGUUGAAGACCAGAGAGGGAGGAGAGCUGCCCAAGACCCUGACUGAGAUGUACAUCCACUUCCUGGUGGUUCAGUCCAAACUGAAGAACGUCAAGUAUGAUGGAGGAGCUGAGACAGAUCAACACUGGAGUCCAGAGAGCAGGAAGAUGAUUGAGUCUCUGGGAAAACUGGCUUUUGAGCAGCUGCAGAAAGGAAACCUGAUCUUCUAUGAAUCAGACCUGACAGAGUGUGGCAUCGAUAUCAGAGCAGCCUCAGUGUACUCAGGAGUGUUCACACAGAUCUUUAAAGAGGAGAGAGGGCUGUACCAGGACAAGGUGUUCUGCUUCGUCCAUCUGAGUGUUCAGGAGUUUCUGGCUGCUCUUCAUGUCCAUCUGAUCUUCAUCAACUCUGGUGUCAAUCUACUGGCAGAAGAACAAUCAACCUCCCAGAAGUCUAAAGAAAGAAAAGAUGACACAGUGACACAGUUCUACCAGAGAGCCGUGGACAAAUCCAUACAGAGUUCAAAUGGACACCUGGACUUGUUCCUGCGCUUCCUCAUGGGUCUUUCACUGCAGACCAAUCAGACUCUCCUACGAGGCCUGCUGACGCAGACAGGACAUGGCUCAGAAACCAAUCAUGUGACGGUCGAGUACAUCAAGAAGAAGAUCGAAGAGACUCCCUCUGCAGAGCAAAGCAUCAAUCUGUUCCACUGUCUGAAUGAACUGAAGGAUGGUUCUCUAGUGGAUCAGAUCCAACAGUCCCUGAGUUCAGGAAGACUCUCCACAGAUAAACUCUCUCCUGCUCAGUGGUCAGCUCUGGUCUUCGUCUUACUGUCAUCAGAAAAAGAUCUGGACGUGUUUGACCUGAAGAAAUACUCUGCUUCAGAGGAGGUUCUUCUGAGACUGCUGUCAGUGGUCAAAGCCUCCAAGAAAGCUCUACUAAGUGGCUGUAACCUCUCAGAGCAAAGCUGUGAAGCUCUGUCCUCAGUUCUCAGCUCCCAGUCCUCUGGUCUGAGAGAGCUGGACCUGAGUAACAACAACCUGCAGGAUUCAGGAGUAAAGCUGCUGUCUGCUGGACUGCAGAGUCCCCACUGUACACUGGAAAUACUGAAGCUGUCAGGCUGUCUGAUCACAGAGGAAGGCUGUGCUUCUCUAGCUUCCGCUCUGAGCUCCAACCCGUCCCAUCUGAGAGAGCUGGACCUGAGCUACAAUCAUCCAGGAGACUCAGGAGUGAAACUGCUGUCUGCUGGACUGGAGGAUCCACACUGGAGCCUGGUCACUCUCAGGGUGGAGCCUGCUGGAGUCCGAUGGUUGAGACCAGGUCUGAGGAAGUAUUCCUGUCAACUCACAAUCGACACAAACACAGUAAACAGAAGGAUCCAACUGUCUGACAGCAACAGGAAGGCGACACGUGUGGAGGAGGAUCAGUCAUAUCCUGAUCAUCCAGACAGGUUUGACUGGAGGCCUCAGCUGCUGUGUAGAGAUGGUCUGACUGGUCGCUGUUACUGGGAGGUCGAGUGGAGAGGAAGAGUUUAUAUAUCAGUGAGUUACAGAGGAAUCAGAAGGAGAGGAGACAGAGAAGACUGCAGGUUUGGAAUGAAUGAUCAGUCCUGGAGUCUGAACUGCUCUGAUGGUGGCCGUUUCUCUGUCUGGCACAAUAAGAGAGAAACAAAGCUCUCAUCCUCCUCCUCCUCCUCAUCCUCCUCCUCCUCCUCCUCUGGUAGAGUAGCAGUGUAUGUGGACUGUCCUGCUGGCUCUCUGUCCUUCUACAGAGUCUCCUCUGACACACUGAUCCACCUCCACACCUUCAACACCACAUUCACUGAACCUCUUUAUCCUGGAUUUGUGUUCUGGUACUGGUCCUGGUCCUGGUCUGGUUUCUCCUCAGUGUCCCUGUGUUCUCUACCAGGAGGGAGAGUCUCCUCCUGGUAGAAUGGAACGAGAACCAUUAGACAAAAUGGGUCCUAAGACCGACCCCUGAGGCACACCAUAUUUAACUGGACAGAACGAAGAGGCAUAGUUGUUUACAGACACGCAAAACUUCCUAUUUGACAGAGUCCAAAAUCUAUUAACUCCACCGAACGACAGCGACCUGGAUGAAACUGUGAUCCAAAUUCUGCAGCACCAUCCCAACUGUGGUUACAAAAUGAUGGUGGGGCACCUCAGUGCACAAGGCAUCCGCAUACAGAGACAACGUGUGCAGGAAUCCAUGCGGCGUGUGGAUUCUCAGGGAGUUAUGAUGCGCAGCCUUCAGCUAAACCCACGAAGGCGCAGGAGGUACUCUGUACCAGCGCCAAACAGUAUGUGGCACAUCGACGGAAAUCACAAGUUGAUAAGGUAUCUGAGAAAACAAUGAAUGAUGAUGAGUCUAGUUUAAAAGAUAUUUGAUUUGCAAAAUCAAUUCUUAGCCAUUCUAAUUUUUAAUUUUGAUGCCGCAAAACUUAAGUCAGGAUAAAGAGAUUUUCAGGGUGACCCUGCAUUUUUUUCCUUGUCAGUGCAAAGGUCUGGUGUGUUGUGGGCAGAAUAUUUCCACUUCUUCUCUCCCUGUGGCUCCGUGUUGACAGUAAACUCAUGUUUUCACAGUGUUGUCGGAGUCAGAUCGUCCCUGUGAUAGUGUGAGGGGGCUGUAAUGCAGGGGUCAGUAUUACAAGAGAAAAACACCUUGAUAAACACGUUCUGCUGUUUUUAAGAUGGCUGAAGGUAACCAGUUGUUUUAGAUCGGCCCAAACAAAGUGUUACCUGGAUGUUGACGUGCUUCAUCAACACGUGACUGGACGACAGUCACCUGUGAUUGGUCGGUUAGCUCUCAAAUAACGAGGAAAGCCGGGGGUAGAUGUUACUUUUUGCUCAGGUGAGUUUGAAUCACGAUCGCCGCAGUAGAUUAAUGAAACUCGUCAGGAACAUGUUUGUGAAUGUGUGACGAAUCUGUAGCUGCACAGCAUAUUUCAGAAUGAGCCGUGAUUUAAAUGAUUGGAUUUCUCCGCUGUGAGCCACAGACUGCAGCCUGAUUCACUCAGUCUGAAAGGAGGCAGGUCACCGUCAAUCAUUUCAUCAGGUUCUCCUCACACGUCCAGAGAAGGAUCACGGUCGACGGCGUUUAGAUCAUCUGCUGCAGCAAACUCAGGGGGCUGAGUUUCAUACUGUCGAUCAGUCCAAUCAGUGACUAAUUCUCAUUGUUCUUCUUUAGUCACAGUACUGCAUCUCCAGGUAAUACACCCUGUUAACAUGUCUUUAAAUAAACCUCAACACGUUCUUCUGGAGAGCGAGGACAGAAGAUUAAGACUUCAGGUGGCUGCUGGGUAAAUAGUGAGGAUGUUGGACUGAACACAGUCAGACUUUGUUUGUCUUCUAUUAAACAUCACGUUCUGUAUUUUAGCAUCCUGUGGUGCCGGAUCAAAGACGGGAGAGCUGGAACCUGUUGUUUCCUCCGGUCUCAUUUAUAGUCCAGCCUGACCCUGAGGCCGGGAGUGACCACGAGAGGCUUUCUGCUGGUCAUGGAGGAGGACGACCUCUCUUCAGACUCUGUGUUGUCAAAGAGACAGAGGGAGGCUCAGGACCUGAAGGACAAAGCGCUUCAACCCUGUACUUAAACUGGGCUUUACAGAAACCUCCGCAGGAAGCGGCCCCUCCCGCUGCAGCUGCCAGCUCUUCUUCUGGAGCGGUGGGAGUCUGGGGUUACGGCCUUCGCCGUCCCGGGUCAGAGCGCCCCGCACGCGCUCAGAAGGACACUUCUCUGCUGUGGCUACUCCAAAGCGGUCAGACAGGCUGCUCCUCCGUGCUGACAGAGGUCCAGUGUUAUACCACAUCUGGAUGUCAUUAUUGGAGACAUAAAUGUAGUGGCAUUUUCAGUGUUUUAUUUAAAAAAGAAAGAAAAUAUUCUCCAGAACAGGGAAAAGUAGACUUUGUAUUUUCUCUACCCUCCUGGGAAACAUCCAUCCAUCCAUCGUCAACCGCUUAUCUGGAGCCGAUCCCAGCUGAUCUCACAGAAACACGUGAAAUGAAACGACCCCUUAACCCGGAUUUACGCGGCGGUGGCACGUAAUGUGUUAAAACUACGUGUCGGCAGCAGGAAAACAAAGUCAGCGAGGCUCAUUUGUCGUGGUGGACGCACGGAUUCCUGGUUCAACAACGUCACACGGUGGGCGGCGGAAAAUGUGGUUUUCUAGUUUACGAAACGUGCUCCUUUUCUCAUUUAUUACAGUGGAUUAGUUCUAUAUAACUAACUUGUCUGUGACGUAACUAUCAAUUUAUAGAUGGAGUAGUUUUAAAGAAGGUUAAAUAGAUUGUUCCCUUUUCUCAUUUUCAAACGUAUUUUCUGUCGUAGCAGCGAAUAAUAUUAAUAAUUAUUAUAAUGAAUCAGAAGACUUUCAGUCGUUACCACGGCAACUACACGUCACGUUACGCGCGCUUCCUCCCGCCUGUUUCUCCCGCCACCUGACUACAGUAAGUAUCUCUGUUUGUUAAAAAGUUAUUUCUGUAGCUGUAGCCUGAUCUGUGCUGCGUUCGGAGACGAGGUUAAAUUUGUUAGUGCUGCGUUAUCUUUCACACGGCUGCCCGCCAAAGCAGUUAGCUCGCCGGCCAACAACAUGUGUUUGUCCGACAGCGUGCUGUUAAUGAGGUUAAAGUUUUAUUCAAAGUGCAAAGUAAAUGUCAGAAGUGUAACGAAGGAGAAUCGCCGCCAUCAGGGAUGGACUGGAAUAAAAAGUGGACCUGGAGUCUUUGCAGAGGAUUUGACUGCUCAGUGCGACUCAGUGUCGCUGAGCGUUCACACCUGAUAUAAUUAAUGCAGAAUUAAAUGCACCACUAACUUACAGAUAGAAGAUCGUUUCCUCAAAGAGAAACGAGGAAAAGCAGAUCGCUCACUGAUCCGCUGGUCCCAGGCAGACGUGAGAAACAAACUGGAUCUAAGAAGAAAGAUCAUUUAUUAAACAGUGUUUUGGUGCUUAGACGUAUUAUAAAAUGAGUCAGAUAGCACUUUGACUAAAUGGUGUUGUGAAAAAUGUUCUAACUAAUACAUGUGACUGAUAAUCCUGCUUAGUUUCCCUGCCUCCAGUCCUUCUGGAACAUUUUCACUUUGAAAUGAACUGGUUUCAUGUUAUAUUGAUCAAAGGCUUAAGCAGAAAUGACUUUCUCUGCAGCUGCUUCAGUCCAGAAGAAGGGAUCCGGUGCACGAGGAGGCCCCAGACAGAAGAUCAAGAGUUGGCAAGUCUCGAGUUAAGGGACACCAGCAGUCCAGGUUCCGGAGGAGCUUCUCACAGAUGUGAGAAUGAAAACUGCGAGGCCGGUGCUUUUUGGUGCAAAGCUCUGAGCCGAGAGAGGAUUCAUCCAGAGAAAUGUCUUCCAUGGCAGAGAGGCUGUGUUCCAUGGCUUCUCCCUACAACUGCUGUGGCGUAUGUCAGCUGCCUGUUCCUGCGCCAAGGUCAAUUUGUGAAUGACCUCGUGACCUCCCGCUCACUCCAGGGAAGCAUAUUUCUGUGGUCACCAUCAACGCUAUGUUGUUGUGAAAGCCAUCCUUAAUGUUUCCCACCGUGUGCAACGCAAAGCUUUUUAUCACCAUGUCAUUUUCAGGCUAAUAGCUAAUACAUCAUAUAUUUGUAUCUCUGUACAGUGUAUUCACUUAUUGUCUAACACAAACAGUAGCCCUCCAGGUUGUCUUUGAGUGGCCAUAACAUACAUUUGAACAAAUAGUAAAUGCUGUACUACUGACGCACGUUAUCUUAUCAGGACGGGACUGAGGAGCCACCCAUAUAUGAGGGCUUGUUCCUGGCCAAGGACCAGCAAGUUGCUGCCUUUGUUGACCUCGUCAGAGGCAACAUGACGAGUGUUAGAACAUUUCAUUUGGUUUUUAUUAUAGUUGUUUUAGUUUGGGCUUUUCAUGCAUCUUAAAAUGUGUUUGUGUUUGCUUGCAGAGUGGUGUUU